AUGGAUCGGCAGAAAGCUGUGUGGAUUAUCUUUGUGCUGUCGACUGCUUUAUCUGUGACUGCCGCCGUUUCAAGACCAAGGUGGUCUCCCUUCGCUCAACGGGCAUACUGUUCAUCACCUGGUGAAGUCCUCUGCAGCAGUGACUGUUCGCAGGUGCAGAUUUGUCUUGGCAACCUGGAAGAUGGAUACGAUCCUUGGCCAAUGAUAACGUGCAGUACGACUAAUGGAAUGAAAUGCAGUGCGGUCAACAGAACGUGCGUCCCAGCGGAGCAGUCUGAUUGUAAAUCAGCUAUGGACCAAUUCCCAUGUAACGCCGUCGGAUCCUACCCUGACCCGUACGACUGUAAGAAGUACCACGUCUGCCUUAACGUCGGAGAGCCGGCGGAGCUGGGAUAUUGUCCUGGUACUGACGAAGCCUAUAACCCUCUCACAGCAGACUGCACGCUAACGACGUCAGACCGCGUCUGCACAGAAGGACCCGUCAAGCCCUGCAAUAUGUCACUCGAGGUGGGCGUCAUCCCAGAGAACCAAAACAUCUACUACGUCUGCAAGCCCAACGGAAACGGCCUCGACCCGGUAAUGUACCGGUGUCCCGCUGGAAUGGUUUUCAACGUCACUCUUUAUUCCUGUGUAGAGCCCUUCAUAACACCAGAACCUACCCAAACGGCUGCACCACCAGUGACGCCUCCGUCAACGGCUGAAUCACCAGUGACGCCUCCGUCAACAGCUGCACCAACAGAGGCGCCUCCGUCAACGGCUGCACCAACAGAGACGCCUCCAUCAACGGCAGCACCAACAGAGACGCCUCCGUCAACGGCUGCACCAACAGAGACGCGUCCGUCAACGGCUGCACCAACAGAGACGCCUCCGUCUCCGUCAACGGCUGCACCACCAGUGACAUCUCCGUCUACUCAGUCUCCACCAUCACCAGGCGGCGAGUGCACUACGCCCGCAGAAUCCACUGCCAACCCAGAAGACUGCCACAGCUUUUACAAGUGCAAUGGCGAAACUUGGGUGUGCAUUGAGUGCAUUUAUGGAUACCACUACGACCCACAAGAAGAGACGUGCAUUUACGGGCCCUGCCCAGGGCGCAGAGGACUAGAACUGCUGAAAUAUUUCUAAGGUCUUGUCACCUACGAAGCGUAGAGGUACCCCUGCUUGAGUGAGGCUCCUUUAAUGCUGGGAGUGAAAUGAAAAAUGCACGACGGACGGCUCAAAAGCUUAUUUCAUCAAAAUAUUACGGAAAUUAGACAUAAUGUACAUGGAUCUAUAAUCUACCUUUACAUUAUUUUUGCUUCUGAGCAUACUUUACGUGGAGAAGAAAAAUUAAGGAUUUCUAUACAAGGAAUUUGUUACAGAUGGGAAGAGCAGGCAUUUAUGCCAAAUAUAAUGUUUCAUUCAAAAUGAUGACGAACUAAAUCACUGAAAAGAACAAAUAUUUCAAGUUAGUUCAGAUCUCUAUUGAUUUCCCAGGGCUUUCGUAUAAACCUUCGAACGGGAGCGCCGGGUUUUUUUUUUUU